CUCCAUCUACAAUGCAUAUUAACAUAGAUAUACCCUGUUCUUUUGUACUUCAGCAGUAGAUAGUCUUUAGAAAUGUGAAUUUGUGACUUUAUUUGUUUUAAAACAAAUUUAUUUCUUAAACGAUAAACCCGAAUAAACUAUUUUACAACAAUUCACAGAAAAAAUAACUAAAAAUAUCUAAACCGCACCUUUUUAUCCUGCUUUAUUAUCGUAGUGUCCAGUCAGAAUUAUAAAUCAUGAUUUAAAUCCUAUUUGCAACUUGUUCAUUGUUUGAUUCAGAAAUGCCACGACAACAGAAAAUUCACGAUAGUGGUCAGAUGGCAAAAGCUGUGGCCGCAGUAAAGAGGGGGAUAUCUGUCUACAAGGCAUCCCACUUGUAUGGAAUUCCUCAAUCCACACUGAAGAACCAUACCAGAGGGCGUUACAGAGGGUUAGAUACUUCUUUUGGACGUACACCAAUAAUAACAUCAGAGGAGGAAGCAACACUUGUUUCCUAUAUACUUUACAUGUCUGAAAGAGGAUUUCCUCUGUCAAAGAAAAUGGUUCGAAACCUCACAAGAGAAGUAAUUAUGGCCUCAGGUCGAAAUACUGUUAUAAACACCCAGAAAGGACCUUCAAACAAAUGGAUGAGGAAAUUCUUCAAAAGACACCCAGAACUUUCGAUUAGAAAUGCUCACAGCCUUGAUAGAGCUAGAGCUUCUAUCACUAAUGAACAGUUAAACCAGUACUUUGAAUUGUUAGAUAAUACCCUGAAACGUUUGUCUCUCUAUGAUGAUCCCACGCGUAUUUUCAAUUGUGAUGAAACGGGUUUUAGUGGUAGUUUUUCAAGUUCUGAUAAGUCUGUUGUAGCCAAGAAAGGCGUAAGACAAGCUUUUAAAGUACAGCUGUCCUUGUCUGGUCACGUCACUGUAAAUUUUGCAGUAUCAGCUUCUGGCCAGACACUGCCACCAUUAAUCAUUUUUUCUAAAAAUCUUCCCAGGGCCUCCUUCUCUGAUGGGUUACCUGAUAACUGGUUGUUCGAGACCACAGAUUCUGGUUUCAUUAACACAGAUCUCUUUUGCCUGUGGUUUGAGCAAAUAUUUCUCCAGUUCUGUGGAAAAAGACGACCUUGUUUGCUAAUCAUGGACAACCACUUAUCCCAUGUGUCAGGUAGGGUAGUAAACCUAGCUAUGGAGAAUGGUAUUGAUCUCCUGUAUUUCCCUUCCCAUUCAUCCCACUUACUGCAACCUUUAGAUGUGGGGUAUUUUCAUGUUUUGAAAGCAAAGGUAAGUGAAAUUUUGUCAGGCCUUGGUUAUGCUGUCACUAGAUCUCUGCCUCGGCAUUUGUUUCCAAAGGUUUUGCACCAGGCUAUGAACAGGAUUACGCCUGCAACUGUUGCUGCUUCUUUUUCUGCCACAGGAAUAUACCCCUAUAACAAGUCUUCUGUUAAGGCUUUGGCAGGUCCUGUAAAGAAAAUAAAAAAUGUUCAGUCCACAUCUAGCACUACUGAUGUGUCAAAAGAUGCACCAGUUUCAGGCCAUGUUCCGAAUAUGCUUGUUAAAAUCGGGAUGGUACCCGAAAGUCUUGCUAAAGUUUUUCUAGAACCACCAGCACUAGAGCCUUCCAAAAAACGCAGAACCACAUAUGAUAAGGCAAGGGUUGUUGAAUCUAAACAUACAAAAAAGUCUGAAGGUCAUUUAAAGAAAGUUAAAUCUGCUGAAAGCCAGUUAAAAUCCACUUCUUUAUCUCCCUUGCCCGAGUGUGUCUCUGGUACAGCAGUGGUGGCUGAUCCUAUGUCCGACGAUGGUGUCUGUGAAAUUUGUAUGACCAGCAGACAGUUGUACUGGGUUGGAUGUGAUAGGUGUGAUACCUGGUAUCACUAUGAAUGCCUUCCUUCCUCUGAACAGACAGACGUAGAUAUAAGUCUUGUUUGUGAAACUUUGUGGCUAUGUAAUACCUGUCGAAAAACAGAGGAAUAGAUAUGAUAACAGAUUUGCACAGUCUGACAUGAUUCUGAUAAGACUUUGAUACUGAUUGUUUUAUUUGGAAAAAUACAUUUUAUAUCUUAAUGAACUGUUUGUUACAUUGAUAUUAUAUGUUCAAACUUAGUUAUAUGUGUAAUGUCCGUGUUAUGUUUCGAAAAAAGGUUGAAAAGAAAACAAUAUUUGAAAGUUUAUGAGACAUGCAUACAGGGGUUGUAAAAUGCGCAAAAACUAAAGUAAAAAUAAAUUUAUUAACUAAAUUGCUUGUUACAAUUUAUUAAAUAUGUUAUCUUCAUCACAUUGGAAAAUAAAUCUUUCGAAAAUCAAACCUGGACCACUUUGUACAGUACGCCGAGCUUUGGUACAAUUUCACUUAAACCGCACCUGUUUAUCCGGGCUAUAUUUAGCUCCCGCCAAAUACGUCAUUAUGUGAUCAGCGAAAUGUAAACAAUGGUUAUUGGAAACAAUAUCAUCGGUCUUGAAAAUGAACAUAUAACACUAAGGUAAGUUGACGCCAAUUAUUUUUUUUAAUCUAAACUAUUGUAUUUUUACGCCGAGCAUUGGUCCACCCACUCUAGUAGUU